CUUUAAUAUGGUGGUGGGGUUUCUUUAUUCAAUGCAAACCUGCAACCUCCAAUGGGAACAAAGCGGAGAAUGCGAUCUUCACUCUGUUACUUAAUUCCACACUGUACUGACGCGUUCUCUUUGUCCUCUCUCCUCUAUACAAAGCACAAUGACAGUUGCUUUCAAACUAGAAUCUACACUCCAUGCACAUGAACAAGACGUACGAGCCGUCGGUGCACUUUCCAACGACGUGAUCGUCUCUGCAGCUCGUGACAAGACCGUAAGAACCUGGCAACGUGUCAGUCCGAAUCAGUUUGAGCCUGCCCAAGCGUAUCGUGGUCAUGACCACUUUGUCAAUUCCCUAGCUAUCAUCCCACCUUCCGAACACCAUCCGAACGGAAUGUUUGCUUCUGGUGGCUCGGACAAACUCAUCAACGUGUACGAUCCUUCUGUACCUAAUGCUGCACUUUAUACUCUCAUUGGUCACUCUGAGAACGUCAGCGCUCUCGCUACUACACCUGGCGGUAACAUCGUGUCUGGCUCGUGGGAUACAACCGUGAUUGUGUGGAAGAACUUUCAGCAAGCUUAUACUUUGAAAGGUCAUACUGCUGCAGUGUGGGCCGUUUUAGCACUUGAAGAAGAUCUUAUUUUAACAGCCGCAGCCGAUAAGACGAUUCGUUUAUGGAAAGAUGGCAAGCACAUUAGAACGUAUCACGGACAUACUGAUGCAGUUCGUGGCCUUGCUAAGGUUCCUGGUGUCGGGUUCCUUUCGUGCGCCAAUGAUAGUACAUUGCGCGUUUGGACAUUAGAUGGAGAUUGUGUUCAGGAACUCAAUGGUCAUACAUCCUUUGUUUAUUCUGUUUCAGUACUUAGUACCGGUGAAUAUGUUUCAUCCGGUGAAGACCGUACAGUCCGCAUUUGGAAAGAUGGCGAAUGUAUUCAAACUAUUCAACAACCAUGCAUAUCAGUUUGGGCAGUAGGCGCAUUGCCUAAUGAUGAUAUCAUUGUUGGUGGUAGCGAUGGUGUUGUACGAGUGUUUUCUCGUGCGCCCGAGCGCAUGGCUGAUGCCGAAACUCAAAAGCAACUUGAGGACCUCAUUGCUGCUCAAGCUAUUCCAUCUAAUCAAGUUGGUGAUAUCAACAAAGAUAAAUUGGAAGGUCCUGAAGCGCUCAAUAAGCCAGGCAAGAAAGAAGGUCAAGUGAUUAUGGUGAAUACCGGAGGAUCCGUUGAGGCACAUCAAUGGAGUAGCCAAACGCAAAGCUGGCAAAAGAUUGGAGAAGUUGUUGGUGGAGUUGGAUCCGGAAAUAAGCAGUUGUAUGAAGGAAAAGAGUAUGACUAUGUCUUUGACAUCGAUAUCGGUGCCGGUCCACAAGCAAUGCUCAAGUUGCCAUACAAUGUGACAGAGAACCCAUAUCAAGCUGCACAGAACUUUAUCUGGCGCCAUGAAUUGUCGCAAGGCUUUUUGGAUCAAAUUGCUGAUUUUAUCACAAAGAAUGCUCAAGGUGUUGAGCUUGGCCAAGGAAAUGAAGGAUAUCAAGACCCAUAUACUGGAGGUAGCAGGUAUACCCCCGGGUCAGGCGCAUCCACGUUUGGAAACCCUCCACCAAAUCAGUUUAUGGAUCCAUUCACAGGUAGCUCCUCUUACCGAGGCCAGUCUACACAAAUGAUUACUGAGACCAAAUCACCUGUACCAAAACAAAAAAUCCUACCGCUGACUACCUAUCUUUCCCUUAAGCAAGCAAACUUGGACGCCGUCAUGUCCAAACUACAAUCAAACGACAGUGAAAUGGGCUCUUUGAAGCUAUCAGGUGAUGACAUGAAUACCUUGUCCAUGUCACUAGCAUACCUGAGCAAUCCAUCCAGUGGAAAUGUGAAUGUGAACGGUAUUGAGAUUUUGGUCAAGCUAUGUUACACAUGGCCACCAGAAAAGCGGUUCCCAGCCUUGGAUCUGUUACGACUUUUUGUUCUGUACACACCCGAGUCGAUCAGCGCUGUGGUUCCUGAUAACGACGUUAUCGGCUUCUUACGCCAAGUGGGUGGACUCGACAAGCCAUCGAGUGAAAAGGUCGCUGUGACCAACGCAAUGCUUGCUUACCGGGGAUUGUCAAACUUGUUUAUCAAACCUGCUGGAAGAGAAUUGGUGUGGGCGAAACACAACACUGUUGCAGAAGUAUUACAGCCUGAUGUCUUUGGUGCCUAUAAUGCAAAGACUGCUCGCUUAGCAAUUAGCACAUUAGCAGUAAAUUUUGCCGUCUUCUUGACUAUGCAUAGUGAGUCGGAUGAAGAUUGUCAAGUUGGGCUUGCGGGCUCGUUGGUGGAGUUAUUGAAGGUUGAACAAGAUGAAGAAAACCUAUACCGUGUAUUAGUUGCUCUUGGAACUUUGAUGGUCCAUUCUGAGCCUUGCCGUGAAGUAGCAAGCAUCAUGGGUGCGAAGGUGGAGUUACUGCGUAUUAAGACGCAGGCUGCUGGGAAACAGCGAAUUGAAAGCGUCACAGAUGAGAUGGUACCCUUGGUUAAAUUGGAGUAGAAAUAGCAGGAAUGGAUAGAAGCAAGCAUAAACUCAUAUUGAUUGUAUGCUGUUGUUAUGACAUCAAAAACUUAAUAACAAUUACAAAAGCAAAUAGUACAUAAACUGUUGGCUUGAAC